AUGGCUCAGCUGCCGCUAGGGCAGUGCUUUCCAUGGAUGUUUGAUCUUCUUGACAGUUCGGCAGACGCAGACGUGGCAGACGGCGUCCACCCGUUGGCUCACGUAUCGUGUUUCAGGGCAAGUCUGGUCGAGGUGCCGGCUAUAACAGGAGACGACGCACCUCAGGGUGCUUUCUCGUGGUCCAAGGGAUUAGGUUCGAUGACACGGCGAUCAGGCAUCCCGAAGCUCAUGGCUUCCAUCGAACACUGUCUCUAUUGCUUCGAGGCUCUCGCUUCGCACCUCGAACGCCGCAAGGGCCGCUCCCUCCACGAGAUCCAGCAGUCCUGGGCCGAGUACGCCAGGUCGCAGCCCGAGACGGGCGGCAAGAAGCAGAUGCCCGCCCUCCAGCGCCUGACCGAGCCGUCAAGCGACGCCGGCUCCGCCUCGUCCGGGUCCUCGAGCAGCGCGUCCCUGGCCGCCGACACGCCGGCCACGUCGACGGCCUCGCUGCCGUCCCUCGUGACCGAGUCGCCGCUCUUCGUGACCUGGAACACCGUCGGCGGCGGGCCGUCGCGCCACCGCUCGCUGCGCGGCUGCAUCGGCACCUUUGAGGCGCAGGACCUCGACGAUGGCCUGUCCGAGUACGCCCUGACGUCGGCGCUGCACGACACGCGGUUCCCGCCCGUGGCCGCGUCCGAGCUGCCGACGCUCGAGGUCGCCGUGACGCUGCUGACCGACUUUGAGGACUGCGAGGGGGCCAUGGACUGGACGCUCGGCGUGCACGGGCUGCGCAUCAGCUUCGCGGCCAAGGGGCGCCGCUACGGCGCCACCUACCUGCCCGACGUCGCCGUCGAGCAGGAGUGGACCAAGGAGGAGACGCUCGUGAGCCUGAUGCGCAAGGCCGGCUGGACGGCCGCAAGGACACCUGGCAGGACGUCGAGCUCAUGUCGUGCGCGACGCCAGCAUCGCAGCAACACCCCAACGGCCCAUCUUCAUCGCGCAGCCCGCGCCCGGCACGUCAACAGGCACGUCCACGUGCCCUACAUCCCACUCCUGUCCAGCAGCAUAGAUGCCCCAAACCAGCUGCUGCUUCCCGCCGCUGCCGAGCUCGCACUUCGUCUUGCCGCUGGCGCCCACAAGUCCGCCGCCAACCCACGACCCAUUCACGGCCGUCGCGCCGCCCGCAGGCGACGAGAAGUUCCUCACGGCCUCCUCAAGAAACGCGACAGCAUCCAUGGCACCGAUCACCUCGUGGAAGCUCAGCAGCGUCGCGGGCCUGACGCCGAAGAUGCAGCUCCCUUCCGUUGCGAUGCCGACGAGGGUCGUCGUGUCGGUGAAGCCGCGGGCGACAAAGUAGCCCUUUUCCUCACGCAGGGUGGAGGCCAGGGCGAGACAAUCGGCUGCGAACGGGGAGAGGCUUGA